CGUGAACGUGAAUACUCAAGCAAAACUUUGGUGGGCAAACUAAAAAUAUUUACUACUGCGUUAAUAUUAAUUCCAUGAGAGUAAUGUGAUAAUAUAAAUUGUAUUAACCAUGGCAUUCUUAUGUCCAGUGCGAAUUAGAAGGGGGAAGAAAAAGAAAUCGAAUAGUGGAGACUCAGAUAAGGAUCCGUCGAGACCAAAUUCAGGGCUGAGCCCUGGAAUGGGCAGAAUCACCGGAUCUGCCAGUAUUGAAACUUUAGUUCGUGUGGGAAUUGAAAAGGAACAUGGCUUAAGUCCAGAUUCUAAAAUGGUGGUGUUACAUGACUUUGCGCCUUGUGUGGAUGAUGAACUUGAGGUAAAACGGGGACAAAUUGUUAAUGUAUUAUACAGGGAGAAUGAUUGGGUAUAUGUAAUAGUGGCUGAAUCAAGAAGAGAGGGUUUCAUUCCACAUUCAUAUUGUGCCCCAUGUGAACACCAUGAUUUGAAGAAAAAGUUGCCAAGAAGUCGAUCCCCUACGGACUUAGCACACAGAGAUGUAUCCCAGUUAUCAGUAUCAGAUGGGGCAACAAAUGAUGGACACUCAGAACUCGGAAGUGAAGGUGAAGCAUGUCCAUUUAGCAAGGAUCCUUCUGGCCGCUAUGUAGUAUUGUACACAUUCACAGCAAGAGAUGAGAAUGAUGUAGAUGUGGAGAGAGGAGAAUUUGUUACGGUUCUCAACAGAGAAGAUCCAGACUGGUACUGGAUAGUGAGGAGUGAUGGUCAAGAAGGAUUUAUACCAUCCGGCUUUGUUUAUCCUGCAGUAGUCCAAACUGCUCAACAAGAUAAUUCGCAACAAAUUAAUUCUCCGCCGGUAUCGAACCCGAACACUACUAUAAUGACAAACAAUACCAGCCUGAAUACAACAACUACGCAACAGGACACUGACGGGCGAUAUCAUGGAACUGAACUAGUCAUGCUUUAUGAUUACAAGGCACAAGCCCCAGAUGAUCUGUCAGUAAAAAGAGGCGAGUGGGUAUAUGCAGACUUAACCCAGCAAACAGUGGAGGGCUGGUUGUGGGCCCACGCCCCCAAAUCACGCCGCUCCGGCUUCAUACCAACCGCAUAUGCGCGUGCGCCGCAUACAACGUCACUCUGACAUCCAAUUGUAUAUCGAAAAACAUGAACACGCAAAUUAACUUGGUGAAAUUUUUAGUACAACAAGAAUUAUUAUUAGCUUAUUCUCAGGGGUUCUUCGAUUCGGGAAAGCGCAUUACAAUAGUUCACCACAUAAGCAUUUAUGUGGUGGACUAUUGUGACAUUUAGGAGUACGUAGUACAAGACUCUACAUGUCAUGUUUGGCCCUUUAGAGUUUUUGAGUUGAGAUCUAAUUUUCUUCUUUACUAUUUUUUAUUUAGUAAU